AUGCUCUGCGCAUGCACAGCCGAACGAUCAGCUUUAUCGGACGGGCCGUUUUGUUACAAUACCGACGAUGUUACGAAGUAUCCGGUGAUCACGAUGCAUUUCUCCGGAGGUACUGAUCUUGAGAUGGAGCAUUACAAUAUGUUUGUGAGUCGUGGAAGAUCGUAUUGUUUGGCGAUUUUGUGUGGUGGUCCUGAUGAAUAUGCGAUCUAUGAAACAGAGCACAAAACAAUUAUUUGA